CUGGGAAGGAAUUGCUGCUUCUCUCAUGGGGACUGGGGCUGAGAACAGAAUACAAUCUUGUACGGCACCACCAGCCUACGAGAGAAAUGAACUGAGGACAGCACCUGUUUGUUGAGAACAGCCAAGAUCCUACAGUGAAACUAUGAGGUUGCAGAGAAGUUCGGGACUUGCCGCCAUGCUGAUCAUCAUUGCCUGUAUUUGUGCCUUCCAUACAACCACAGCCAUGGACAUUCCUCUAGAGGUUUUGGGUGACAUAAACAUUGAGCAGCUGCCCACCAUCACAGCUCAGCCCCCCAGCUCUCUCAUCGCCUUCCCUUUUGAUGAGAGUUUCCCCAUGACAUGCGAAGCCAAGGGGAAUCCCAAGCCAGAAUUCAGAUGGACAAAGAAUGGCCAUGAAUUCAACUACACUGCAGACCCCUACCUGAUGAAAGAAGACAACUCUGGGACCUUUGUGAUCCCUAAAACUGAGAACCUGACAGAGUACCAGGGCACCUAUCGCUGCUAUGCCUCAAACAAACUGGGGACGGCCAUUUCCAGGGACAUUGAGUUCAUUGUGCCAAAUAACCCAAAAUUCCCUAAAGAAAAGCUUAAUCCAGUUGAGGUGGAUGAAGGGCAGCCUUUUAUUUUGAAAUGCGACCCACCCAAAGGUAUUCCUCCUCUGCAGAUCUACUGGAUGAGCAUCAAUCUGCGCCACAUCGAGCAGGACGAGAGGGUGUCCAUGGGCCUGGACGGAGACCUUUACUUCUCUCAUGCCGUGGAGAAGGACAGCAGGAGGGACUACUGCUGCUUCGCCUCUUUCCCAAGGAUCCGAACCAUCGUUCAGAAGACUGCCAUGUCUGUCAAUGUCAAACCAAGAAAAAGUGACAGUCCUGAACGUGCUAAUGCCAUUUUGGAGAGAAGACCCUCUCUGCUGACGCCCCCUGGUGUCAAAUCAGAGAAACAGCUCGUCAAAGGAGAAGACUUGAAACUGGAGUGUAUUCCAGAAGGAAUAGUUGGCCUGGCAGCACCAACAGAGCCUCCAGAGUGGGUGUCAGAGCCACAGAGUCAGCUCAGCAUGAUCGGCUCAGAUGUGCUCGUCAAGUGCUCAGCCAGGGGGACCCCGCAGCCGACCAUCACAUGGAGGGUGAACGGUAAACCUCUGCGGGAUUCUCCAGCGACCAACAGGAAGGUAUUUGAUGACACCAUAAUGUUACACAAUGCCAAAGCUUCUGACAGCGCGGUGUAUCAGUGCGAGGCCUCCAACAAACAUGGAACCCUCUUAUCUAAUGCCAACAUCAUGGUUAUGAAUCUCCAGCCAAUAAUUCUGACCAAGAAUGAGGAGGAUUAUUCUGCAGUGGAAGGCAACGGAGUGAUGCUGCACUGUAAAGUCUUCAGCUCUCCUCCAUCCUCAAUCAGUUGGAGCAAAGAGGACUUCUCUGAAUCUGUUGAGGGACCCAGGUUUACCGUUCAUAGUAACGGCUCUCUGGAGAUCUACAGGGUGGAGAAAGGAGACGCGGGACAGUACACGUGUUCCGCCAAAAACACAGAGGGAUCAUCGGACAUCGAUGCCAUGCUUUAUGUAAAAGAUCCCACCAAAAUAGUGGAGGCCCCAAAGGACCAGCAGAUCAUAAAAGGUACCACAGCCCUGCUCUCCUGCCUGGCAGAGUACGACAAGUCCUUCAGCUACGACUUUGAGCUCCUGUGGGAAAAAGAUGGUGCAGAGAUUGUUUUAAACUAUACUGAGAAUUCAGGAUACUUUCUGGAGAAUGGCACUCUUCACAUUGACAGCGUGAACUACAGAGACCAGGGUUUGUAUACCUGUGUGGCCAAAACUCCAGUGGACACAGCCUCAGCUUCAGCCCUGCUCAUGGUGUUAGAUGUCCCAGAUGCACCUGAGAACUUGGUCCUGUCCGACCACAAGAGCAAAAGUGUGAAACUGAAAUGGACCCCCGGGGAUGAUCACAACAGCUCAAUCACAGAGUUCAUUAUUGAAUAUGAAGAGAACAAGUGGGAGCCAGGAAACUGGAAGGAGCUGCUCCGAGUACCUGGUAACCACAACUCAGCUGUCCUCAAACUCCACGGCCACGUGGACUAUCGCUUCCGAGUAUCUGGCGUGAACUCUGUAGGUGUGGGGCUUACCAGCGAGCCCACAGAGAGAUACAAAACCCCCGCAGCAGCCCCAGACAAGAACCCUGAAAAUAUCAAAAUCGAAGGUCAUUUGCCACAUGAAAUGGAUAUCAACUGGGAGCCCCUGCUACCCAUUGAGCACAACGGUCCCGGCCUGGAGUACAAAGUGAGUUACAGACGACAGGAUGAGGAGGAAGAAUGGACGGAACACACGGUGAAGAGGCACUCGUUCGUGGUCAAGAACACGCCCACGUUUGUGCCAUACGAAAUCAAGAUCCAGGCCAAGAACAACCAGGGCUGGGGCCCCGAGCCCAAGAUAGUGACUGGCUACUCAGGAGAAGACUUUCCCACCUCUGCACCUGAUGAUGUUGCCGUAGAGGUGAUGAACGGCUCGGUAGUCAAGGUUACCUGGACACGAGUACACAAGGACAAGCUGCGUGGACAUCUGGGAGGCUACAGGAUAAACUGGUGGCGUCUCCGCAGUCUGGUGGACUUGAAGAAAAGCCACGGAGACAAACACACGUUGACGUUCCCUGGGGAUCGAAGUCAUGCCACAUUGCCGGGACUGGUGCCCUUCUCCGAGUACAGCCUCAUUGUCAUGACCUUCAAUGGGCGGGGAAACAGCCCAGGCAGCCAUCCUGUGAACUUCAAAACUCCAGAGGGAGUCCCUGUGAAAAAUCCAGUUUUCAGGGUCACAGAUGUGCAGAGACACUCAGUCUCACUGGCCUGGGCUCCUCCAUUGGAGCCUAAUGGGAUCCUCACUGGGUAUCUCCUUGAGUACCAACUCAUCAAUGACACAGAGGAGGUGGGGCUCCUGCAGACCGUUGACAUCAGCAACCCUGACACCACCAAGUGGGUCCUGCGUGACCUGGAGCCUCUGAGCAAAUACAAGUUGUACCUGCGAUCCUGCACCAUGGUGGGCUGCGGGCCCAUUGUAAGCGAGGAAUUUACCACCGCUCUGGAAACAAGUCUGGCCAGCGUCCACCACGGAAUAUCCACCCAGGGCUGGUUUAUUGGCCUGAUGUGUGCCAUCGCUCUUCUCACACUCAUUGUCUUGAUCGCCUGCUUUGUCAACAGAAAUAAAGGAGGGAAAUAUUCUGUUAAAGAAAAAGAAGAUCUUCAUCCAGAUGUGGAGUCCCAAGGCAUGAACGACGACACAUUCUGUGAAUACAG